AUGAUACCGCGAGUCACCAGUUGGAAUGACCUGGGCUUAUUGUCUGAGGAUGUUGACCCAGACUCUAGCGCGAUCAAAUCCUCAUCAUUUGGCCUGGUCCAGGAUGACAACUACUAUUACGGCAAACUGAGUGUACCCAAGGCAGAGAUCUCGCUCAAACAGCUGACGGCUGCUCUCAACCCUAUUCCAGACGAGGAAAUAUUCCCUCCAUGA